ACGUCACCCUCUUUUGUCGUUACUCAGCAGCUGCCGUGAAAUUGGAAAGUCCCUAACAGUUGAAUAGGUUUCGGGCAGAAAAUUGCGGUUGAGUCCGUCGCUCUUGAAUGAGCACUUGUUAUAUUCGUUUGGCGUCGUUUUCAAAUAUGAGACUGGCGUCGCCUGUUUGAGCCGCGAGUUGGUUUCGAAGCGAACAUUUAUGCUCCCCGCCGAGUAGCUAGCGUAGCGGGCUAGCUCUUUGUAAGCUAGCAGCUAGCUCGGGGAUGUGUUGUUGUUGUUGAGGCAGGCAGCCCUCCCGUCGUCUGGGAGAGGGGGGGUCCAUCAGCUGUGCAUGGAAAUACGCCCUUUCGACGCCUUCCCAGACACUGAUUCAAUUCCGCGACAGGAACGGGGGGGAUUUGGCUGUGGACAAGCGACGGAAAUCGAAGGAAAGGUUCGAUUCUAGAGGAAGGAGAUGGGAAAUUGUUUGAAAUCUCCGACUUCUGAUGAUAUUUCGUUGCUUCAUGAAUCCCAAUCGGACCGGGCCAGCUACGGAGACGCUGCUGACUUCGACCAGGAGCCCCCGCCCCCUUAUCAGGAGCAGAUCCAUGUGCCCGUUUACCACCCGACGCCCAGCCAGGCCCGACUGGCCACUCAGCUCACAGAGGAGGAGCAGGUUCGCAUCGCCCAACGCAUCGGGCUCAUCCAGCACCUGCCGAAGGGCGUCUACGAUCCGGGCCGGGACGGAUCCGAGAAGAAAAUCAGAGAGUGUGUCAUCUGCAUGAUGGACUUUGUUUAUGGAGAUCCCAUCCGGUUCCUGCCCUGCAUGCACACCUACCACAUGGACUGCAUAGACGACUGGCUGAUGAGGUCCUUCACCUGCCCGUCCUGCAUGGAGCCCGUGGACGCUGCUCUGCUGUCGUCUUAUGAGACCAACUGAUGAUACAAACACGCGACUUCCACCUUUCAAAAUCAUAUCCCGGAUUAGUAAUACGGUGGCGUGAAACCGUGUAGGUAACUCUGCCUGUGAGAGCGUGAAUGGAUGGGAAGUGCUGGACUGUGGUGCGUUUGUGUGGGUGUCUGCGCUGCUCCUCAGCGGGCCUGCUGGACAGGACUGGACCUGAGAAAAGGACUGAAGAGAUGAAGGCCAACAUUGGAUUUGAGGUCAGUGGGUGUACAGGAAGACUGACAGCGACGUCAAGCAGACGGACGGUUGGGAACUCCCUGCGGUCUCCUUUUAAAUAUGCCAUACAUGCACACACGAGCUCACUUUACUUUCUGCCUGCUGUUGGAAAAGAGGGGGCUCUUCACACCUCCAUGAUUACAUUGUGGGCUGGUUUUCUAUUUUAUUUUUUUCCUUCUUUAUUCACUUUACUUUAAUGAAAUUAGACACUGGAAAAAAACAGCCGGUAAAAUGUUUUCCAGUUUGUUCAAUUAGCUGCAAAAAGUGCAAAGACGCAAACAGGAGUCCUUCUUCUUCUCUGUUGACGUACCAUAGGACUCUUUGGCUUCAGUGAACUGGUCACGACUUGUCUUUUUGUACAGAUGGUUCCUGUAAAAAGUAGUGAUUGUGGCUUAUAAAAGCUGUUUUUUCCUUUGGUUUGCCUGUCAUCAUAAGGGCUCUUUCCCACCGCUGUUUACCAACAACACAAGGAAGACAGGAACCACAGUCCUGUCGCUGUCGGCUCUAUUGACCCCAAAACAAGUUUGUCCCUCCAGUUCCUUUAGUUCUCCCAAUGAGGGGGGAACAAACCCAGGUGAUGCAGAGAUUCUAGAAACUAUUCAAAAGGUAAUCAAAGGUAAAAUACCAUGACAUACUUAGCAGUAAUACUUCUAUGUUUUUCUGUUUUUAUCAUGUACAACAAUUCAUUUUUCUGUUUUUAUUUCCAUCAAACGACCUUCAUCUCAGUGAUUUCAUUAACUUUCUCUCCAUUUGACUACGAAAGCACAACAUCAGUGAGUCACUUAGCAGGUUGGCUGUCAGCACCUUAAUUUUUAUACAGUACUUUAAUAUUUUUCUUUUUUUGGUAACAAGAUUGAUCUUCAUGGCCUUAGGUUCUCCAUGAGAGCUGCUGAACAUCUUUUAAAAAACAAGACGUGGGUUUGAGAGCACAAGUGCCAUUGAGCUGUCAGCAGUCCUCAUGAGCAACAAACACUAAUCAGCUGUCUGAAUUUUUGGGUUUGGAUCAGCGCCCUCUAUUGUCGUUUACCUACAUCUUGCAAGAAUUGUUUUUUGUUUUUAGCAACAUGAGGAAAGUUUUCAUCUCUGUUCUCAUGUGUCACACUUCCUCCUCUGUCUUCAUGGCUGCUCACAUAGUAACGCUGCACACUGAGAAAACUUUACUCUCAUCUCCUUUAUUUUUCAAACAAUGACUUUGCUAAAAGUAAAAAGUUCCUCACAGGAUAUUGAGGUCUCUGCUUGUGACUCUGCGUUCAAAGAGGUCUUUUAUUUUGAAAUCAAACGGGGGAAAAAUGUUUCAUUGUGCAGAAUUUUUCUUUUUGCUCUUCUAGAAUAGAAACAGUUUCCCAUGCGAGUCCGGUAUGUGUGACGUGUCUGAGUGCUUGUAUAUCUGUUCCCUGUUUGUAAACUAAAUAUGCAUAUGCUCUGUACUAAAGGAAAUAAAUAGACAUUGCAAAAAACAA